UUCUGAUGAUUAAGGCAAUAUUUUCAUCUUUUCUAAAUCAUUAUUUUAACUUCAGGCUUUCUCCUCUACCUUCCAGCAGGUAUAAAUACUGUAGCUCUAUGAAACUGAGCAACUUAGCUUUUAAGGGAUGACAGGAGCAUUUCACUUGGGGUGUGGAAUUCUAAGACACAACAGUUCAAAAUGAAACUUUCUUGGAACAGCUGAGAUUAACCUGCAUAUGUGUAAACAGGUGGGCAGGAUGAAUACGAUUCAAUAAUGAUAGACAUACAUUGCAUUAGCAUCCAAAAGAAGCACCUCAGACAAUUUAACAAUUGUUAAAAAUAAAGCAAUACAAAACCAUUAAAUAGUUUUAAAAAUUUUAAAUUGUAUCUAGAGGAGCAGUAUGUGUUUUCUCAUCUCAUAACUCCUUGCUUUGCUCACUUUCCUCAUUCUCCUCUCAUUCCUAUUAUUGUAUCUCUUUGUUGUUGUUAUAAAGACCUCCAGCUUUAAUGUUUGCACAGUGAUGCCUUUGAUGGAGGAGCUUUAUCUCACUUUCCCACAUGUCCAACAGCAGCAUAUAUCAACUUUAUCUUGUCUGCUCAUGAGGAAAGCAAUGCUUUAAUGUGUUCCUUUCAAACUGAUCCCGCCUGGGAUGUGACAUUUGCACAAUGGGCCUCACAAGGCCCUUGCAGUGGCUCAGCACCAGCACCUGUUGUGUGUCUCCUUGGACACAAUCACCAUUAUAUAUUGCAAGCAACCUGUUCCACACUCUCUUGCUGCUGCUGUGGGAAGCAGCAAAGGGGAGGAAUGCUGAUGACGUGACAGGGAUGACAUCUCAAGUUUUUGAAGAAGGCAGCAAAAGGAGUGGUGGUGUGGUAAGCAGGACGAGUGCCACACAGGGCACUGAGCUGGAAAUGUGGCUGGGGAUUGCAGUUCUGGUUUCUCUUGCUGGAUGUUUGGCUGGGGAGGAAGCAACUGAUGAUGAAGGAAUCCCCUGCUCAAAGUACCAGCAAGCUUUCAACCGUUCCUGCUAUGAGUUUGUGAGACUCCAGCAAAGCUUCACAAGUGCCCAGAGCUGGUGUGAGAGAGGAGGAGGGCACCUUGUCUUUAUUCAAAAUGAGGAAACUCAAGAGUUUUUACAAAAACAUAUUGCUGAGGAUCAGGAGUGGUGGAUAGGACUCAUCUCAAACUCCUUGCAGAAUGAAACUACUGACGAGUCGAUGAUUUGGCUGGACUCUUCAAAUAUAAGCUACACCAACUGGUACAAGGAUCAGCCAUCUUCCUUCUCAUCCACAUGUGGGUACAUCCUGAAGAAUGCCAAGUAUCAGUGGGGUGUGACUGAAAAUUGCAGCCAGGAAUUUGACUUCAUUUGUGAGUUUGAAUCUGGCCAGAGCAUUGCAUGUGAUAAUUACAAUGCCACUGUGCAGUGUGGAUCUGGAGAAGUUAUUCAAAUUGGAGAGAGCUUCUAUGGACGGAAGACUCGUUAUUACUGUGUGUCUGAGACUCCACUCCAGGAGGAUACAGAUGAAGGCUGCAGCUGGAUCAGUGUCAAAGAUGAAGUAGCAGGCCAGUGUCAUGGUCUCCAGGCCUGCCAGGUGACAGCAGAUGGCACUUUCUUUGGAGAUCCUUGUCCAGCUUGGGGAAGCUAUUUGUCUAUUCAAUACCACUGCAAGGAAGGUCUGCAGCUGCUUGUGACAGAUUCAUGUUUUGUCUUUGAAAAUAUCACGGUCAGUCUGAACUGGCUGCUCUCACCAUACUCUGGCAACCUGUCCUGUACCAUCAGCACUGGAGAUGGUCACACUGUCGAUCCUUACUACCCUCCAACGCUGGUCAGCAACAUCACACACAGAUACACCUCUCCUGGAGAGUUCACUGUUUUUGUGGAAUGCACCACCAGUGAAUGGCAUGUGAUGGCACAGAGGCAGGUGACUGUCCAAGAUAAGAUGGAUCAACUGAGCAUUACUGGGUGCUACAGCCAGUAUGAAACUGGGAACAGCUCUCACUGCCGGGCACUGUAUGGGGAGGUGUUGUGGAUUCAGGUGGAACUCAAUGGAGGCAACGGAGUGACCUACAUUAUGUCAGCAGAUAACAUAACCCUGGCUGAAUCCAGUGCAAAGGAAGGAAUUGCCCCUCAUAACCUGACACUGGACAGUGCCUCUCAAGAGCUGCUAGGCCCAGGGAUACAUCAGCUGGAAAUCCGAGCAUCCAGCAACACGACGGCGUCAGAGAUCUCCGAGACUUUUGCUGUUCACUUAGUUGAGCCAAUAUCUGGGCUUCAGGCUGCAUUGGCUUCCCACACUCUGCAGCUGGGGGAGAAUUUGGAGGUGAAUGUCUCUGUGUCUCGUGGUGCCCCAGCUGAGGUGACGUUUGAGGUGAUGGGAUCGAAGGGAAGUCAUUCUCACACGGAGGAUGGUCCUCGCGGGGAACCUCGGACGUACGUGGUUCCCGUGCACUCGGAAGAAAAGAAUAGGAUUUUCUAUACAAAUUGGAUGUUAUUCCCCAAACCUGAUAGACUGGUCCCACUGCUACUCUUAACUGGCCAUUUGUCUUCUCUAGGUAUUUUCCUAGUGAAAGUGGUGGCCAAGAAUGCUUUCUCAAACAUGAGUCUGGAUCUUGGAUUCAUCACUGUGUUGGCAAACACUUCCCAUAAAAAAGAUUCUGCUAAGGUAGAAGGCAGCUACAAAACAAAUAUGCAAAAGGCAAAUGAUCACAAAAGAGAACCCAGAAUCUAUGUUAAACCAAGUCGCCACGUGGAUCCUUUCACAGCUGUUACACUUGGCUGGCCAGACAACAACAGUAACUCCAGUUUUCUCUGGUCCUGUGGAGCUUGCUGGCCUGCAUGGAGUGAAUGUGUGCUGCAACAGAUAAUCCUAACCAACCAAUCUGAGGUGCAAAUCCCACCUUCCUGCCUUCCUCCUCCAAAAUCAGCAGUGACUGUCAGGAUUAAAGUCCAAAACCACGGCAGUGAAGAGAGGCAGGACGAGCAGUGUCUCUAUGUGACUGCAAAACAAGAACUGCAACUGGAAAUCAGGUGUGAGGCAAACUGCAAACCAGUGAAUAUUAGCAAUGAAGUUGUUUUGAGUGUCUCUGGACAGAAGGAUUCCCAGGCCAUACAUUUUAACUGGUAUUUGGAUAACACAUCCCAAACCAAGUCUACAACCCUCCCUCUGGCCUGUGGCCUGACUGGUUUCCGGCAGAACUCUUUGAAUUUGCUUCAAAGCAACACAUCCGUGUUGAGAAUGAACAGCUCCUUCUUGCAGACACAGGGAGAAGCUUUUCAGAUUAAAGUAACAGCAGUGACUCAGCGCCGCUACGGGGAGGGGAUGUACCUUGUCAGCACCGUGUCCCCACCCAGCAUCCCCGCCUGUGCCCUGUCUCCCGAGCAGGGAUCCGUGCUCACCACCUUCAGGGUCUCCUGCAGCGCUCCCGGCUCGGUGGGUUCAUCCCAACCCAGUCCCAACAGGCAGCUCACGUACUGCUUCUACCUGAAACCAAAUUCUCUCCUGGACUGCAGCCCGGAUCCUGAACUCUUCCCAGUCUAUCUUCCACUUGGAGAAGAGCAAAAUAAUUUUAUUGUACAUGUGACAAUCACUGUUAGCAACAGCUUUGGUGAUACAGUUCAAACAAAUGCUUCAGUGAAGGUUGGACCUGCCGAUGGGAUGGAUGGGAACCUGACCCUGCAGGGCAUGGUCUCUGAGAAGGCAAACACCAUCCUAAAAGAUGGGAACAGCAGCAUGAGCCUUUUGCAGCUGUACAAAUCAGUGACAUCUGUCCUUAACCAGCAGACCCAAGAGGAAAGCUUUAACAUGUCUUUGCAGACAAAUACACGAAAAGAGGCUGCUCUUAAGAUGUCAGAGGUGUUGAAAGAAAUCACUUACAGGAGUGAAGAGCUGUCUGUCUCAGCACAGGUGGAAGCCAGCAACACUCUGAAAGAUGUCAGUGCUUCCUUGCUCUCUGUAAACCCAGAGGACAGCAGAGAUGAUCAGAACCUAAAGGAAGCAGCCAACCAUCUAUUUAAUGCAGUCAGCAACGUCCUUAAAGCUUCUGUAGAAAUUAGAGUUGCAAACUCUUCAGUGCCAGAGGCAGAACAGAUUUCAGUGUCACACCAGCUCCUGAGUACAGUGGAAAAUCUCCAGAGUGCCCUCCUGUUUGGGAAAGCCCCAGAUGAUGAACCUACAGUGCUCACCACUCCUUCUGCCACAAUGUACACGCACAGAUUACAAACAGAAAACAUGGAUGGCACAUCCAUUAACAUCUCCAAUUCCAGCUCUGCCAGCUUUACUCUCCCACCUGCUUCCUCUUUGAGUGUUUCAGGACUUGAUGAUGAAACAGUGGAUAUAAGGAUGGUGAGCUUUGCAGUGAACCCCUUUUUCUCCAGUGACACCAGUUUUGACAUCAGUGGAACAGUGGGGGGUCUAAGUCUUACUGGUCUGGAUGGCUUGAUCAUACCAGUCAGCAACCUCAAAGAGAACAUUGAAAUCAUGUUACCAAGGCUUUCAUCAACUCAGGAAGAUAAGAUUCUGUUGAAUCUGGGCAAUUAUAGCACUUUCCAAGUCAAUGUUACCUCAGAAAACACAUCUGUAGUGAUCCACUUGGAAUCUGAACAUGACAUUCCACUAAUACUCCACUUGGGGUACGGUUAUCGCCCAAAUGAGACUAAUUAUGAUAUGAAAAAACAUCUGUUCUCUAAGAAAGCUGCUGAAGGUGAGACAAACACCUGGGUUCUUAGCCCGGAAGAACUCAUUUUUGGAGAAGGAACCUACUAUUUCAUGGUUUUGCAAGAUAUGGGAAUGGAUUCCAAAGUCUAUGCUGGGCUAACCGUAGGUGUCACUUCCUUUGCAUCCCGCUGUGUAUUUUGGGAUGAGCGCCAGGGGAGCUGGAACAGCUAUGGAUGUCAUGUAGGACCAAAAACAAAUCCUAGAAGCACACAGUGCCUGUGCAACCAUCUGACUUUCUUUGGGAGCUCCUUCCUUGUCAUCCCCAAUGCCAUAGAUGUCAGCAAAACUGCACAGCUAUUUGGUACAUUUGUGGACAAUCCUGUGGUGGUGACAACUGUAGGAUGCAUCUUUCUGAUAUAUGUGCUCGUAGUUAUUUGGGCUCGAAGGAAAGACAUUCAGGAUGAUGCCAAAGUGAAAAUCACAGUCCUGGAAGACAAUGACCCCUUUGCUCAGUAUCGGUACCUGGUGACAGUUUUCACAGGACACCGCCGUGGCGCAGCCACAACCUCCAAGGUGACUCUCACCCUCUAUGGAAUGGAAGGAGAGAGUGAGCCCCACCAUCUAACUGAUCCUGACACACCUGUGUUUGAACGUGGAGGAGUGGAUGUUUUCCUUCUCUGUACCUUCUUCCCUCUUGGGGAACUGCAGAGUAUUAGAUUGUGGCAUGAUAACUCAGGGGACAGCCCAUCCUGGUAUGUGAAUCGAGUGUUAGUCCAUGACCUGGCAUGGGAUCAGAAAUGGUACUUCCUCUGUAACUCCUGGCUAGCCAUUGAUAUUGGAGAAUGUGUCCUAGAUAAAGUGUUCCCAGUAGCUACAGAACAGGACAUGAAGCAGUUCAGCAAUCUGUUUUUCAUGAAGACCUCCAGGGAUUUCCAGGAUGGGCACAUCUGGUACUCGGUUUUCAGCCGCUCCCCACGAAGCUCCUUCACACGCGCCCAGCGCGUGUCGUGCUGCUUCUCCCUGCUCCUGUGCACCAUGCUGACCAGCAUCAUGUUCUGGGGCGUGCCCAAGGAUCCAGCCGAGCAGAAAAUGGAUCUGGGUAAGAUCGAGUUCACAUGGCAGGAAGUGAUGAUUGGCUUUGAGAGCUCCCUCCUCAUGUUCCCCAUCAACCUGCUCAUUGUGCAGAUCUUCAGGAACACACGACCCCGGCCAGCCAAGGAGGGGAGACAGAGGAAGCCGGGGAAGAAUGGCCGAGUGUCCCCGGGCGUACCCCUCAACCCAGAGGUCACCCAGGCUGCCUCGCUCACUCCAGAGGCUGUGACAAAGGACAUAAGAAGAAUUGCCAACUCACUCCUGAAAGUCUUGAAGACUCCAGCUCUCACCUCAGCAUCAGAUCUUGGAAAAGCAACAAACAUCAACACCCUUCUGUCAUUGGUUGAGGACAUCAUCUGCCAGCAGAACAGAGCUGGGCAAGGGUUUUAUGACAGGAGCAAGAAGGAUGGCCCUAUAAUUGUCACUUUAGGUUCUAUGGACAUGCAAGAAAAAACAAGAAGCCCAAGUCCAGAGAAGAGAAUCUGUGAGCGACCGAAAUACAGUGAUUACAAUCGCUGCUUGUACACACAACUCCAGCAUGUGGAGAUGGAGCUGGAAUUACUGGGGCCCCAUAAAUUCCAGCUGCCUCAGAGUUACACACAAGCUGUUCAUCAGGUUCAGCACAUGAAGAACCUCCUGGAGCCCCGAAUGUGGUCCCUUACUCCAAACUUCUCCGGUGAUGACAAGAAGAGUGUUUCUUCCAAAGGACUGCCCUGGUGGUUUGUGUUCAUCGGGUGGUUCCUGGUGGCAGCCACCAGUGGUGUGUCCGGGUUCUUUACCAUGCUCUACGGGCUGCACUAUGGCAAGGAGAACUCCAUCAAGUGGUUGAUCUCCAUGGUCAUCUCCUUCUUGGAAAGUCUUUUCAUCACACAGCCCUUAAAGGUGCUGGGAUUUGCUGCUUUUUUUGCUCUGGUUCUGAAGAAGGUGGAACAUGAGGAUGUAGAAAACCCAGCUAUUGAUGGGCCUUUAUCUGCACCAGGUGAUUCACACCCUCUCUUUGGAGCCCGAAGGGACAGUAGAAGCAACAUUUACCGGCCACCUCCUGCAGCUGAUGUGGAGAAAAUGAAAAUCAGCUGCAUGAAAGAGCAGAAAGCAUUUGCCCUCAUCCGAGAAAUCCUGGCCUAUAUUGGGUUUUUAUGGAUGCUGUUACUGGUUGCCUAUGGGCAGAGAGAUCCCAAUUCCUACUAUUUGAACAAACACAUUGAGGACAGCUUUACAGCUGGGUUCCACGAUGUCUACAGUUACCAGGAUUUCUUCACGUGGGCAAACACCACCUUACUCAAAAACCUUUAUGGAUCAUAUAAAGGAUUCAUUACAGAUGGCAAUUCCAAGCUGGUGGGGAGUGCUCGAAUUCGCCAAGUAAGAGUGAAAGGAGACACCUGCCCUAUUUCUCCCAAACUCCAGCAUGUAGUUGAGGAAUGCCAUGCUCCAUACUCCCUACAGACAGAAGAUACAGCAGUUUAUGGGGAACACUGGAAUACUUCAGUCUUUGAUAACUCCUCUGACCUGAGCUCAGCGUGGCAGUAUCAGAGUCAGUCCAAACUGAGAGGGCAGCCCAGCUGGGGCAAACUGGCCACCUACAGUGGAGGGGGAUACGUGAUUCACCUGGGAACUGAUCCUGGGAAUGCCUCCAGAAUUCUCCAAUACCUUUUCAGCAAUGUCUGGCUGGACACCUUCACCAGAGCAGUGUUUGUUGAAUUUACAGUCUACAAUGCCAAUGUGAACCUGUUCUGCAUUAUAAGCCUGAUGUUUGAGAGCAAUGCUUUGGGGGCCUUCUUCACAAGUGCAGAGCUGCAGAGUGUCCGGCUUUACCCCUACACCAACAGCCUCCACAUCUUUGUGGUUGCAGCAGAAGGGAUUUAUUUCCUCUUUAUUGUGUACUACAUGAUAGUACAGGGUAAAUUGAUGAAGAGUCUGAGAUGGAGAUAUUUCCACAGCAAGUGGAAUCUCCUGGAGAUGGCCAUUAUAUUGAUUAGCUGGAGUGCUCUGUCAGUGUUUGUGAAGAGGACAAUCCUUGGGACCCGAGACAUCAGUUACUACCAGGAACACAAAGAGAACUCUGUGAGCUUCAGCGAGACAGCGAGAGCUGAUGCAGUUCUUGGUUACCUGAUCGCGUUCCUGGUGCUCCUCUCCACAGUGAAACUGUGGCACCUCCUCAGGCUCAACCCUAAACUGAACAUGAUCACCUCAACACUGAGGAGGGCAUGGGGUGACAUCUCUGGAUUCAUCACUGUGAUUGCAAUCAUGUUCCUUGCCUAUUCCAUUGCUGCAAACCUGAUAUUUGGCUGGAAGCUCUACUCUUACAAAACUCUCUUUGAUUCAGCAGAGACCAUGGUCAGUCUUCAGCUGGGAAUCUUCAACUAUGAAGAGGUCUUGGACUACAAUCCAGUUUUAGGCUCCUUUCUAAUUGGAUCCUGCAUCAUUUUUAUGACAUUUGUGGUACUGAAUCUGUUCAUUUCGGUGAUUCUGGUUGCUUUUAGUGAGGAGCAGAAGCACUACCAGGCUUCGGAAGAAGAGGAGAUCGUUGAUCUAAUGCUAAUGAAACUCUUCAGUUUCUUCGGGAUUAAAUGCAAGAAGGAAGAGAAGCCAGGGAGCGCGGCACAGCGGCCCGGCGCCGCGGGGAGGCUGCGGGCAGGGUGGGCUGCGGGACCUCGCCCGCCCGUGCGGUGUGCGCGGGGCAGCCAGGGCGCGGGUCCCGCGGGGCGGCAACCGCCCUCCCGCAAGUUCACAGACAAGCACGAAUGGAUAUCUGUGGAUAAUGGCAUUGGAACAGUAGGAAUCACUGAUUUUGCCCAGGAAGCAUUAGGAGACGUUGUUUACUGUAGUCUUCCAGAAAUUGGGACAAAAUUGAGUAAACACGAUGAGUUUGGGGCUUUGGAAAGUGUGAAAGCUGCUAGUGAACUCUACUCUCCUCUCACAGGAGAAGUAACUGAGACUAACAGUGCCCUUGCAGAUAAUCCAGGGCUUGUCAAUAAAUCUUGUUAUCAAGAUGGUUGGCUUAUCAAGAUGACUGUGGCAAACCCUGCUGAACUUGAUGAACUGAUGACUGAAGAUGCCUAUGAGAAAUACAUAAAAUCCAUUGAGGACUGA